GCGAUCUGCAACGGGCAGAAUGGCGCGCAGUGGAAGUUGAGUCGGAUAUUGCCGGGGGGGGAAGUACACGUGGCAGGAGGAGGAGAGAAGAGAGAAGGGCUUGCGUACGGGGAAGAGAGAAGCGGCAAAGGAGGACGGGGCGCAUCUAUCCGCAAAUUGGGGCGGGGGAGAGGAGGAGAGAGGAGAGAGAAGAGAGGAGGGAGGUGAAGAGGAUGAAGAGGAGAAGGUGCGUGUUUUUCUUGUGGCUGUGUGCGGCUUCUCUUUUUGUCGUUUUCCUGUCGUUGGCUGAGCAGGCAAACAGUUUCGCGGGAAGAGAGGACGGCGCGCAGUCGAAGGGGCAGAUUGAUCAGGUGGUAGUAGAAAAGGUCGGCGAUGGCGGGAAGGAGGAGGGAAAUGGCGGGAAGUUGGAAUACGUGGAGGAAGGUGGUGAUGAAACCAAGAGCAGGGGGGUGAGCGGAGGAGGAGGAGGAGGGGGAGGAGGAGGAGGAGGAGAAGAGGAAGAAGAAGAAGGAGGCAGGCACGUAGCAGGGCAAGAAGAAGGGGAAGCCAUGGGCGCGGUGACGAAAACGAGGAAGGAUAGACGACGUCAGCGGGCGGUAUCUGUGGAAAAGGAGGAGGAGGAAGAGGAGGAGGAGGAGGAGGAGAAGGUGGCGCAUGGGGAGGAAGAAGAGGAGCAAGAUGAGAUCCAUACUGGUCGCCAUUCAUCUCCUUCAUCUCCCUCAUCACCAUCUUCUUCUUCUUCUUCUUCUUCUUCUUCUUCCCUCACCAUCGCUAAGUCAUCGUCGAAAUCCGAGCUCGCUGGCGAUGGCGGUGGCGGGAAGGAGAGGGAAAGAAAGAAAGGAAAAGAAGAAGAGGAGGAAGAAGAAGAACAAGGCGACAACGACGACGACGACGACGAAGAAGAAGAAGAGGAAGCGGGUGGUAGUUCAUCUAGGUCUUCUCCUAAAACCACCUCCGCAGGCAGAUCGUCGAUGGAUGAUAACUCUCCAUCCUCUUCUUCUUCUCGAUCUCCUCCAUCGUCGCGUCCGUCGCCAUCUCCGCGCCGCCAUCGCCAUCCUUCUUCUUCUUCUUCUUCUUCUUCGAGAAGGAGGAGGGAGGAGGGUGGGUUGUUGUCGGAGCCACCUCCUGUCAAGCGCGAGGAGAUAGAUCCUGGUUCAUGGAAAACAGCAGUGCAUUAUCCCUUCCCAGAAGUGAUUAAGCUGGUGAAUGGUGGGGACCCUCAUGGGUUGUAUCUACUGGGACUAAAGAUGUUGUUAUCUGCUCCUGGCAUGGGGAGAGAUGUAAGGAAGGCCGUCGACUUGCUUCGUCAGGCUGCAGAUGGGGGGAACGAGCAUGCGCAGUCGGUCUUGGGGUGCCUAUACGGAGCGGGCCAUGGGGUGGAGCAGAGCGACGCCAAAGCAUAUCUCUACCACACAUUCGCGGCGAAUGGAGGGAGUGUGCAGUCCAAGAUGGCCCUGGGGUACACAGCAUUCCGCCAGCAGGUUAGUGUGCGAGGUUAAUCCGAUUGCUAACCCGCUAGUUAAUUCUGUAUGCUAGGUCACAGUUUUCUGAAUGCUGCCGUGAAAAUUGCCCGCCAUUCUCUGUC